AUGGAUGUUCAACCCCCCGCAUCGCUCAAAGAACGGCUCUGUGAAAUACAAUGGGGAUGGUAUUCAAUAUCAAUGGCAACAGGAGGCAUCGCAGUCCUCCUCAACAAAACACCGCAUCAAUUCACUGGGCUUCCCAUAAUCGGCAAGAUAAUCUACAUAUUCAAUCUCCUCCUUUUCCUCGCUGUCACAUUUAGUUUGAUUAUUCGCUUCCUCACAAAACCAAAAUCCCUAAAAGAAUCCUUCCAGCAACCCAGCGAAACUUACUUCGCCCCAACAUCACUCUUAUCCAUCGCAACCAUCAUCCUCGGAGCAGAAUGCUACGGGUCCAGUUCCAGCGGCCCAUGGCUCCAAACCGCCCUCCGGAUCGUCUUCUGGAUCUACGUCGCUAUCUCGGUUCUCGUGGCUAUCGCUCAUAACUGGUAUCUCUACUACCGGGGUAUGGCUACCCGACAACCCUUCCCAAUCGUCCGACUCCUCCCUUUCUUUCCAGCCAUGCUGUCCGGAACAAUUGCAUCCACUCUUGCGUCUAAUCAGCCCUCAGACCAAGCAGUACCUAUCCUUAUUGGUGGUCUCACGUUACAGGGAUUUGGAUUCUUAAUGUCCUUGCUUGUUUAUGCGGAGUACCAUUACUAUCUGAACAAACAUGGGUUGCCGGAUUCGUCUGAAAGACCGGAAAUGUUCAUCGCUGUUGGGCCAUGGAGUUUUACUGCUUUGGCGCUAAUCGGGAUGGCAAAAAACGCGGUUGAAAAGUUUCCUUCAACUUACAUUGUUUCUUCUGCGGAUUCGGAGCUUACGGGUGUUGUCACAGCUGGUCAGAUUGCUUUAGUUCUUGCUUCGCUUGUGGCAGUUUUCUUGUGGACGAUGGCUUUCUUUCACUUUUGUAUUGCUCUCAUAAGUGUUUUGUCGUCAUGUCGAUUACUCGGAGGAUCGGGCAACGUGAUGUCACUUCCUUAUUGGAGUAUGGUGUUUCCUAAUACUGGGUUUGUGAUUGCUACUAUUAGUAUUGGACAGGUCUUGAAGUCUGAGGCGAUUUUAUGGCUUAGUUCGAUAAUGACCGUGUUGCAAGUUACGAUAUGGCUGGCUGUGGGCGUCGCGACGAUACAUGCUGUUUCGAAGCGUCGUAUGCUUUGGCCAAUGCCAAGUUAUGAUGAUGAUGGCAAGGACUCCUAG